CCACCCACCAAAGUCAGAAUCUCUUGUGAAAAAGGAACACAAGGCCACGGCAGGAUCUUCCCAACUUUCCUCUCUUUUUAUGCAAAAUUGAUUUACUGCUCUCAAAUCCAAACUCCCUUGGCUAACAAUUACAAAUCCUCCGAUCCCCUGCGAUAAAAGAGGUCCGAAUCCCAAGACAACUAGCAGUGCCCCCACAUAUUAAAACAGCCAACCGCUAUGAUUCAGUUUUUCAGUUAUUACAGUUUCCUAAUCUCCUUCUCCUUCCUCUGCCUUUCCCGCCCUUCCUUUCCCGCCAGAAUCAAACCAGACCCCUCAUCGACUGUCACAACCGUCGAUUCCUAUAACACCACCACGUGGCAUGAUUUCACUCGCUUCCUUGAUGUCGGGAAGGGCAGUCAAGUCAGUGGCAUGUCGGAGCUGAAGAAAUACUUCAACCGUUUCGGUUACCUCCCGAUUCCCGACACGAACAAUUUCACCGAUACCUUCGAUACGCAAUUCGAAUCGGUUGUUCUUGCAUAUCAAACAAAUCUGGGAUUGCCUGAAACAGGUAAACUGGACUUUGAUACCAUAUCAAUGAUCGUGUUGCCCAGAUGUGGUGUUAGUGACAAAAAGACACACGACACAAGGUUUCAGGCGAAAAAACGUUUUGCAUAUUUUUAUGGGAAGCCACGGUGGAUGCGUCAGGCACCGGUGAUACUAACCUAUGCGUUUUCGCAGAAUAACAUGAUUGAUUACAUAAGUAUAAAAGACACAAGGACAGUUUUCAAGCGUGCCUUUUCAAGGUGGGCACAGGUGAUUCCAGUGAGUUUUAUGGAAAUUGAAGAAUAUCCAUCAGCAGAUAUCCGAAUUGGGUUUUAUCACAGGGAUCAUGGCGAUGGAAAACCGUUUGAUGGGGUUCUGGGUGUAUUGGCUCAUGCAUUUUCACCGGAGAAUGGGAGGUUUCAUCUCGAUGCAAGUGAAACGUGGGCCCUUGAUUUAGAGAAAAUUAAGUCAAGGGUGGCGGUUGAUUUGGAAUCAGUUGCCACGCAUGAGAUUGGGCAUGUGCUUGGAUUGGCUCACUCUUCGGUCAAGGAAGCUGUGAUGUAUCCGAGUUUGAGUCCUAGGACCAAGAAAGUGGACCUAAAGAUUGACGAUGUAGAUGGUGUUCAAGCUCUUUAUGGGUCAAAUCCUAAUUUCAAGUUUAGCUCCUUGUUGGUGUCGGAUAAUUCGUUUAACAAGGGAAUAAUUGGUCUCAGAAAUUCUAGAUCAUCAAAGUGGACAAUUUCUUUAGUGGUAGGUGUUUUGACACUGUUUCUAUGUACAUAAUGACACUCCCUUUUUUGGUGUCAUUUUCAGGAAUUUUAUUUUUAUUUUUAUUUUUAUUUUUAUUUUUAGGUGUAGCAAAAUCACACAUAGAUUAUUCAAAUGAAAGAAAAAUAACUCUCUGCUUUUUUUU